CUUUGAUUUCAGUUGAUUUGAAGUCUUUUAAACAAAUUUUAUGUUUGAUGACGUGUUAGAAAAAUGAAUAGGCCUAACCACAGAUUAAAGUAUAUCUCCACUGAUAGAUACAUGUAUCUGACCAAAAGAUGAUAAUCUACUGAAUCAGUAGUUUGGUAGUUAAUUUCAUUCACAUCCCACAAUAAAGCAUAAGAAACACAAUGAGUCGUAAGGAAAAGUGGGAGUUAAUCCCCCCUCGAUGGCUGAACUGCCCUCGCAAAGGGCAAAUUAUAGAAGAUACGUUUAUUCCGUUUAAAACUCCUUUAAGUGAAAAAUAUAGUGAUCAGAUUCCUGAUGAAUGUAUAUUUAAUGUUGAUAUGUUGUUUAACUCUGUUAAAAUCUACAAGAAAAAAAUAGGUUUAUUUAUCGAUUUAACGAACACAACACGAUUUUAUGACAGCAACCUCGUAGAAAAACUUGAAUGUAAAUAUGUCAAAUUGUGCUGUAAAGGUCGAGCCGAAACACCAACCAAAGAGCAGACUGAAGCUUUCGUUAAUCUCUGUGCUAGAUUUAAACAACAGAAACCAUUAGAAUUAAUAGGUGUUCAUUGUACCCAUGGUUUUAAUAGGACUGGUUUUCUAAUCGUAGCUUUUCUUGUGGAACGAUUUGAUUGGAGCGUUGAAGCUGCUGUCCGUGUCUUUGCUGAAACAAGACCACCGGGUAUUUAUAAACAGGAAUAUUUAGAUGAGUUGUUUGGUCGCUAUGGAGAUAUCGAUGAUACUCCUGCUGCACCAGCAAUGCCGAGUUGGUGUUCUGAAGCAGACGACAGUGUGGACGAUGACGGAAAUGACAUGGGUACUGAUGGAAAUGCCGGAAAAGGCAAAAGAAAUGGUAACUUCCGGAAAGAGUUUGUUAAAAAAGAUGCCAAAUUCAUGGAGGGAAUUUCAGGUGUCAGUAUAGUCUCUGGGCAACCACGUUUAAGUCAGUUACAGAGGAAAUGUCAGGAAAUGUCUGGAUGGAAGAAGAACGGCUUUCCUGGUUCACAACCUGUUUCCAUGGAUAUCCGAAAUCUCAACUUUAUACGACAGAAACCAUAUAAAGUGAGCUGGAAGGCAGACGGCACGCGAUAUAUGAUGUUAAUUGAUGGUAAUAAUGAAGUUUAUAUGAUUGACAGAGACAAUGCAGUGUUUCAUGUUUCUAACGUAGAUUUUCCCAAACGUAAAGACUUAACAGCUCAUUUACAUAGUACAUUACUUGAUGGUGAAAUGAUUCUAGAUAAAGUUGAUGAUGUUAUUGUACCGCGAUACCUUGUUUACGAUAUUCUACGGUUUGAAGGACAGGAAGUAGGUAAAACGGAUUUUGAUAGACGCUUGUUAUGCAUACAAAAAGAAAUUAUCGGCCCCCGCCAUGCCAAGAUACAGCAUGGAAUGUUGGAUAAAAAUAAAGAACCCUUUAGUAUCCGUAGCAAACCCUUUUGGGAUGUGACAAUGUCAGAAAAACUCUUAGAUGGUAAAUUUUCUAAGGAAGUUAGUCAUGAAGUAGAUGGAUUGAUUUUCCAACCCGCUGCCGAUCCCUACAAUCCAGGUCGAUGUGACGAUGUGUUAAAAUGGAAACCACCAGAUUUAAAUUCUGUAGACUUCAGAUUGAAAAUUGUGAAAGAACAGAAAGAAGGCAUGUUACCACAGACAAAAGGUUAUUUAUUUGUUGGUGGUCUGGAACCACCCUUUGGAGAAAUGAAGGUUAAUAAAGAACUACGAGCACUAGAUAAUAAGAUAAUUGAGUGUAUGUGGGAUGGUACAACAUGGAAAUUUAUGAGACAAAGAACAGAUAAAUCCUUCCCCAAUAGUUUUAAUACAGCUAAAGGUGUUUGUGAAAGUAUUAAGAACCCUGUUACUAAACAAAUUCUAUUUCAAACUAUUAAUAAUGAACGAUGGACGCCUAGUAAACAACAAAACCAUGGACAAAAACGACCAGCUGACAAUAACAUGAUGCCACCUCCACCACCUAAAUUUUCCAAACCCUAAUCUGAAAUAUAUGUUUGGUUUACUUUAAUGGAUCGUAUAAAAUGUUGAAAAGGAUUUCAGAAUUGUGGAUGCUUUUAUGAGUAAUUUCAGUGCUCUGUCAUCCUAUGUAUCCUAUUUUGCUUUGUCAGUUGGGAGGUUGGUUGGUCGAAUUGUGUAGUUGGUUUCGAGUGGACGUUAAACCACAUUUCUCUCACUCUCUUUCACUUUAUCUGUCAGUACAUGUUUAUACAUAUAAUGCCACAUGUUAUAACUGUGAAGACAGAAAAAUACCUGUUGCAUGUUAAAGCUCCAUGUAAGAACAUCAAAACAUUGUAAUAGAAGUGUUUUCAUCGUAUUCCGAUUAAAGCCAAUUACCCAAGUGGAAUUUAUAGAUGCGUGACAGGCCCGAUUUAUCAAAUAUUCGUAAUAACACUAGUUAAAUAUUGCAAUUUCCCCAAAUUUGACAAUGACACUUCAAAUCAAAUAUCUUGGGUGCAAGUGACCACAUGUACAAAUUAAAAGUGAAAUUUGUUUGGUUAUUCAUUAUUAUCAUAUCCAUGGAUAUUAAAGAUACAUUAUGGGAGAUUAGAUAAAGAGCUGGCAGUUCUCACUAUAAUAGUUAAAAACUAGAUAAUGUAAAGGGAAUUUGCUGAAAAUUUCAGUCAAAUUGAUCCACUCUGAACCGUGAAUGUAGCGAUUGAAUUUUGGGCCUAGCCUCGAUCAUCAUGAAUGACUCAAUGAGCGUUGAGCAUCAGUUCGGAUUAUAAUCGUGUAAAUAUCGCAGGCUAGCGAUGCAAUCGAGAGUUGAUUAUGGUCUGGAUAAGUUAAUUAAUGUCUAAUUAAUAAUUUAGAUAACAUUUCAGGCCUAAAGAAAGACCUGCAAUUGGCAGAUUUAGCUCUUGCAUAAUGUAUGUUUAAUGAUAUCGGUAUUCUUUAAAAAAGCUAUACAUUUUCAAGUUCAUGUUAAAGUUUGUCUGCCCAACCGGUUUCCUCCCACUACUAAAGAACCCUAUUGAAAUGAAAAACAUUGUACCAUGUGUUAAACCGUGUCUCUUGCUUUCUCAAGUAUUAGAGUUUUUUCCAUCCGGUUUGUCUAGAAACAUGACAAUGUAAACUAGAAUCAUUAAACCAAGAAAAAUUCAGUGACUUUUCAAAUCCCAAAUAGAGUACAUGUAGUUGGAAACAGCUUUCUGGACAAAAGCACAUCUGUCUGUUAAUAACCUUGGUCCUGUAACAACUGUUCUUUGUUUUGUAUGAAUACUCUCAUUGUAAAACUUUUAUUCUGCAAUGCAGUGAACUUAAAUAUUCAUUGUUGAACUACAAAUUUUGUUAUAUUUGGAAAUAUAAUAUACUCUUCAAAAAAAAGUAGGGGAUAUUGAAAUGCAAAUACCUAUGCAGGUUGUGAUAUGAUAAAUAGUCAUUGACACUUGACAUGCUUUGAGAGUAUGUUCACAGAUGAAGAACUUAUCGCUCCAACAGAACCACUGAGCUGCACGUCCGACACGCAAUAGCGCAAUACAAGCGGGAGGGAUUCAUUGUCAUAUUUGACACUUCAAGGAAGGGUUGAUGAAAACUGCCGAUUGUUGGUUUAUCCUAUCCAUGUUUGCUUUCCUAUCGGUUCUUGCAUAAGAUUUACUGUUUAGCAUAUCUUUGCUUUAGUGUGUUACGUUUGAUUUAAUCGGGAGACGUGUUCGUCAACGUCAACCGACAACACUGCAAGAAUUGGCUGUGGCACUGCAAGAGGAGUGGGUCAGAUUGUCCCAAAUCGUGAUUGGACAGUUAAUUAGGAGCAUGCCCUGACGAAUUGCUGAAUAUCUGAGGAUUGGUGAAGCAAUUAAUCAUUAUUAAAUCAAAAACGUCCAUUUUCACUUUUGACAGGAUAUCUCUUUGCGAUUGAAAUGGGGCCGUCAGAUAAGUCGCCUAUAUGAACUGUUUAUGUUCAUGUGUAGGCAAUUGGCCAGUUAUUAACAUACACUGGUUACCUCUAAUAGAAACAGCAGUGCAUUUCCGCAGUUUUGUAUUGUUUCUGAAUAUCCCCUAAUUUUUUUGAAGAGUAUAUUUCUAAUGACUAGGAAAAAAUACUAUAGUUGACUCAAAAAUUAGAAAGUAAAUUAUUGUACAUUGUCAAAAGCUUAUAUGCAGUUCGAAUGCCUGUUUGAUCACCAAUAUAAUCAUUCAAUGCCUGAAUUUUUAUACGCCCACAUUUUCAUGUGGACGUAUUAUGCCGUUGCCCCUGUGACUACAGGUCACAAUUUUUAUCCAAUUUUUCCUUUCGAUAUUGGCGUGUAUCGGAUCGAAACUUGUAUGAAAAAUCACGAUUUUAGCUUGUGGAGACAGAGGUCACAAUUUUCAUCUGAUUUUGAUGCCAGUUUAUAACCCAAUGAUCGGAUCGUAACUUCUUGAAUUAUGGCCCUUGAUUUCGUUGCCUGGCAACCUAUUUUUUAGUUUGUGGAUGCUCUAGAUGUCACAAUUUUUUAUCCGAUUUUAAAAACCGUUUAAAUAUAUCACCAUCCACCAUAAUCUAGGUUGAAUUCGAAUUCUGGGGAAAUCGAAACGAAACUGCCCAAUAAAAUGUUGUUUCUUUGUACGCAAGUUGUGUAAAAGUAUGUAAUAUGAAGGUUGUAGACCCUUUAGAGGUCACAAUUUUUAUCUGAUUUUGAUGAAACUUAAAAUGUAUCCCAAAGAUCUCAGUUCCUUUUGACCAUAACUUUCUGGAUUAUGGCCCCUUAUUGUACCAAAAAUCGUUUUUGUUAUUAGCUUGAUCUCUAUCCAUCUCUUGCAAAAUGUGGGCAUAUCUUGCCUGGCAACCGCUGGUUGGACUAGGAUCUGAUUCCCAACCGCUAAUCAUCUUCCUGGUUCGUACAACAAUAAUCCAAAUUUUGUUGGAUCUCUGAGGAUUUAUUACCCAAUCUAUUGAUAUUCAGUUGAUCGUCCACCAGUUGGAACCGUGGGGAAGGGACCCAAGGGGAUGUUGCGAAACCCAAAUUGAAUCAACAUAAUAAAUAUGACUGAUGGAUACUAAUUGAUUGAAAUAGUGUGUUUUAUAUAAAAUGUGUAAGAUAUGUGGAUGCUGAUCAUAUCUAUAGAAAAUGUACAUAUGUGUAUAGAGAUUGUUUACGUAGCAACCAGUAUGAUAUGAAGAUUAAGUGUAUUCUAUUUAUAAUAAUCUAUUUUAAGAUAA